CCAAGCCCUCUGGUGUUGUCCUCAACAAUGGCGCAGGUUCGGAUUGAUGAGGCAGCCUGGAAGAUCUUAACUCCCGUUAAGGGCAACAUAACUGCUAUGGUCCCAGAAAUGAUGACUGGAACCACACUGACUCUCUUGCUGCUGCUGGGUUUGAUUCUCGUGAUGAGGUCUCGAGGAGCAAAAUCAACAAUGCCAGGUCCCAAUUUCUGUCUGGGAGUCGGACCCCUCGUCACUUACAUCAGGUUUCUAUGGAUGGGAAUUGGAGGAGCAAGUAAUUACUACAAUGGCAAGUAUGGAGAUUUGGUUAGAGUGUGGAUAAAAGGAGAAGAGACGCUCGUCAUUAGCAGACCCUCGGCAGUCUGUCACGUUCUGAAACACGCUCGGUAUUCCGGACGGUUUGGGAGUAAAUACGGCCUGCAGUGUGUCGGCAUGCAUGAGAGGGGCAUCAUAUUCAACUGCAACAUUGCCAUGUGGAAAAAAAAUCGCAUCUACUUUAUCAAAGCUUUAUCAGGUCCAGGAUUACAAAAUGCUGCAGCCCUCUGUGCCGAGUCGACCACCAGAUAUCUGAGGUCCCUGCAUGACGUGAUCGCCCACCAGGGACACGUGAACAUCUUAAAUCUGUUGCGCUGUAUCAUCCUGGAUGUUUCUAACAGGCUUUUCCUUCAAGUGCCAAUAGACGAAAAAGACCUGGUUUCUAAAAUCCAGAACUAUUUUGAUUCCUGGCAGACGCUCCUUCUUAAGCCAAACUUCUUUUUCAAGUUUAGAUGGAUGUAUAAAAAAUAUGAAGACGCAGCACAAGAAUUACAGAACGCCGUAGCAAAUCUCGUGGAGCAAAAACGAAAGGCACUUCUUGAGGCGGAAAAACUGGACAACACCACCAAUUUCGCAUCGGAUUUAAUCUUUGCUCAGAGCCAUGGAGAGAUGACUACUGAAGAUGUGACUCAGUGCAUACUGGAGAUGCUGAUCGCCGGGCCUGACACCAUGUCGGUCACUUUGUUUUUCAUGUUGAUGCUGCUAGCUCAGCAUCCCAAGGCUGAAAAAGAAGUUGUGGAUGAAAUUAAUACUUUAAUAGGAGACAAGCAAAUACAAAACGGAGAUCUGCUGAACUUAAAGGUCCUGGAGACGUUCAUCAACGAGAGCCUGAGGUUUCAGCCCGUGGUGAACUUCUCGAUGCGCCAGGCGACAGAAGACGACGUCAUCGAUGGGCAUUUUGUGAAGAAAGGAACCAACAUCAUUUUAAACAUCGGUCGCAUGCAGAGGGGAGAGUUUUUUGUGAAACCUCAUGAAUUUAAACUGGAAAACUUUCAAAAAACGGUUCCCAGUCGCUACUUCCAGCCCUUUGGCUCAGGCCCCCGGUCCUGUGUGGGCAAAUUUAUUGCCAUGUUUAUGAUGAAGGCCAUCCUCGUGACCAUCCUGAAGCAGUACUCCGUCCAGCCUGCAAAGGGCCGCUCGUUGGAGAACAUCUCCAAAAUCCACGACCUGUCCUUCCACCCGGCUGAGCCUGACUGCAUGCUGGAGAUGAUUUUCAUCCCGAGACGACUCAACGAGUAACGGGACAGAAAGAGACUUUGGCUUUUGUACCUUUUUUUUUUAUUUUUCUUUCUCUUUGAACUCUUUUGUUCAUUUCUUUCAGUUUUUGGAAGAAGUAAAUAUCCACAAAUAGCAAGCUUGAAUUAAAUUGUCAUCGAUAAUGUGGACUAAUGUUUAAAAAAGGUUUUAGUAAAAGCAUUUAUUGCUGUGAUGAUUACUUAAGACAAUGGAGAACAUGAGCAAAUGCACUCGGCGUUUGUGAUUUAAUAUGUAACUACAGGAGCACCACUGAAUACUACAGAAAUAAAAACUAAUGCUUGUAUAUACUGUAAGUCAUGCAUUCUUAAAAAAUUAAACGAAUGAUUUAAGUUAGCUGCCUUGCUUCUUUGCAACAAAUAUGAAUAUCCUUGCUAAUAAAAGAUAAUCAUUUCUCACAC